AUGAACAACGCGUAUAGAUGUAUAGCCAAAGAGGUAUAUGCCAUGAACCCGGAGAUUACAAUGGACAGCAUUGGGAAUUUGCAUGGUGGACUAAACCAUGAGCAAUCCACGGGCGAUCUAAUGGACAGCCAGCAGCGGCAGGCAGUUUCAGCGGCCCAUCGGGAACUGACGACCAGAUCUGCAAUGGUAUCCAGCAUGGCUUCCAUUCUGGACGGGACUGGGGACUACCGGCCGGAGCUCUCGAUCCCGCUGCACCCGGCAAUGAGCAUGUCCUGCGAGUCUCCGCCUGGCAUGGGGAUGAGCAGCACCUACACGACACUCACACCACUCCAGCCCUUGCCUCCCAUAUCCACCGUCUCGGAUAAGUUCCACCACCCGCACCAUCAUCACCACCACCACCACCAUCACCACCACCAGCGACUCGCGGGCAACGUGAGCGGGAGCUUCACCCUGAUGCGAGACGAGAGGGGGUUGCCGGCUGCCAUGAACAAUCUGUACAGCCCGUACCACAAGGACAUGCCCGGGAUGCCUCAGAACCUCUCUCCUCUGUCCAGCAACCCCCUCGGCAACGGUCUGGCGUCCAUCCACAACAGCCACCAGGCAAUCCAGGGCUACGGGUCCAACGGCCACGACAAGAUACUCAGCCCGAACUUCGAAGCCCACCCGGCCAUGCUGGGCAGAGGUGAGCAGCACCUGUCUCGGGGUCUUGGCGCUCCGUCGGCGGGAAUGAUGCCGCAUCUGAACGGCAUGCAUCACCAUCACCACCACGGUCACUCAAGUCACCACCAGUCCCACGGGCCCGUGCUGGCUUCCAGCCGCGAUCGGCCUCCGUCCUCCUCCGGCUCGCAGACCACCAGUUCGGGGCAGCUGGAAGAAAUUAACACCAAAGAAGUAGCACAAAGGAUCACGGCGGAACUCAAACGCUACAGCAUACCGCAGGCAAUCUUCGCUCAGAGGGUGUUGUGCCGUUCGCAGGGAACCCUCUCUGACCUUUUAAGAAACCCCAAGCCUUGGAGUAAACUUAAAUCGGGACGGGAGACCUUCAGGCGGAUGUGGAAAUGGCUGCAGGAGCCCGAGUUCCAGAGAAUGUCAGCCCUGAGGCUCGCAGCAUGCAAACGCAAAGAACAAGAACAGAACAAAGAGAAGAGCAAUACACCAAAGAAGCCACGGCUAGUUUUCACUGACCUCCAGCGCCGAACUCUUUUCGCCAUUUUCAAAGAAAACAAGCGCCCUUCCAAGGAGAUGCAGAUCACAAUCUCUCAGCAGCUCGGUCUGGAGUUAAGCACCGUCAGCAAUUUCUUUAUGAACGCCCGAAGGCGAAGCCUGGACAAAUGGCAGGACGAGGCCAUGUCGAGCCCAGGCGCUUCUUCGUCCACCUCAAGCACUUGUACCAAAGCAUGA